AUGCCCGAGAUCAGGGUCACUCCCUUGGGAGCUGGCCAGGAUGUGGGCCGAAGCUGCAUCCUGGUCUCCAUCGGGGGCAAGAAUGUCAUGCUGGACUGCGGAAUGCACAUGGGCUUCAAUGACGACAGGCGCUUCCCUGAUUUCUCCUACAUCACCCGCAAUGGCCGGCUGACCGACUUCCUGGACUGUGUGAUCAUCAGCCACUUCCACCUGGACCACUGUGGGGCACUCCCCUACUUCAGCGAGAUGGUGGGCUACGACGGGCCCAUCUACAUGACCCACCCCACCCAGGCCAUCUGCCCCAUCCUGCUGGAGGACUACCGCAAGAUUGCUGUGGACAAGAAGGGCGAGGCCAACUUCUUUACCUCCCAGAUGAUCAAAGACUGUAUGAAAAAGGUGGUAGCUGUCCACCUCCACCAGACGGUCCAGGUGGAUGAUGAGCUCGAAAUCAAGGCCUACUAUGCAGGCCACGUGCUGGGGGCAGCCAUGUUCCAGAUUAAAGUGGGCUCAGAGUCUGUGGUCUACACGGGUGAUUAUAAUAUGACCCCGGACCGGCAUUUGGGAGCUGCCUGGAUUGACAAAUGCCGCCCCAACCUGCUCAUCACAGAGUCUACAUAUGCCACGACCAUCCGGGACUCCAAGCGCUGCCGGGAGCGAGACUUCCUGAAGAAGGUCCACGAGGCUGUGGAGCGUGGCGGGAAGGUGCUAAUCCCUGUGUUUGCGCUGGGCCGCGCUCAGGAGCUCUGCAUCCUGCUGGAGACCUUCUGGGAGCGCAUGAACCUGAAGGCCCCCAUCUACUUUUCCACGGGCCUCACGGAGAAGGCCAACCACUACUACAAGCUCUUCAUAACCUGGACCAACCAGAAGAUCCGGAAGACCUUUGUCCAGAGGAACAUGUUUGAGUUUAAGCACAUCAAGGCUUUCGACCGAGCAUUUGCUGACAACCCGGGUCCGAUGGUUGUUUUUGCCACACCAGGCAUGCUGCAUGCUGGCCAGUCCCUGCAGAUCUUCCGGAAGUGGGCAGGGAAUGAGAAGAACAUGGUCAUCAUGCCUGGCUACUGCGUGCAGGGAACCGUGGGCCAUAAGAUCCUCAGUGGGCAGCGCAAGCUGGAGAUGGAGGGGCGGCAGGUGCUGGAGGUCAAGAUGCAGGUGGAGUACAUGUCCUUCAGGGUCAGCUGCUACAUGCCAGCCAACGGUGAGACGGUGACACUGCCCACAAGCCCCAGCAUCCCUGUAGGCAUCUCGCUGGGGCUGCUGAAGCGGGAGAUGGCACAGGGGCUUCUCCCUGAUGCCAAAAAGCCCCGGCUCCUGCAUGGCACUCUGAUCAUGAAAGACAGUAACUUCCGGCUGGUGUCCUCAGAGCAGGCCCUCAAGGAGCUGGGUCUCGCCGAGCACCAGCUGCGCUUCACCUGCCGUGUCCAUCUGCACGACCCUCGCAAGGAGCAGGAGACAGCCGUGCGCGUCUACAGCCACCUGAAGAGCGUCCUCAAGGAGCACUGCGUGCAGCACCUUCCCGACGGGUCUGUGACCGUGGAGUCCAUCCUUAUCCAAGCCGCGGCCCACUCCGAGGACCCAGGCACCAAGGUGCUGUUGGUCUCCUGGACCUACCAGGAUGAAGAGCUGGGAAGUCACCUCACGUCACUGCUCAAGAAGGGCCUACCCCAGGCCGCCAGCUGAUCACCAGCCAGAGGGCCCUAGGCUUCCCUCUAGAGCCAUGUCUGUGCCUCAGGUCUUCCCUGUGUCCCUGGAUGUGGAGCCCACGGCUGGUCACAGCACUUGUCCGUGAGGACACAACCAGCGUUAUGUGCCUACGUGAUUGGCCAGUUCUCGCCGAGGAAAGAAAUAGGCCUGGGGAU